CUCCAUUGCAUCGCGUAACCGCAGUCAGCCAUUCACCAUCCCACCAUCCACAACACAUGUAUUAUACCCCCAAGCACACAUAGCGAACGGCUGCCGGUCAACUGCAACACGCAUCUCGACACACAUAAUACACCUAUGAGAGUCGCCAAUCACCCCAAUUGAUACGUCCCAAUGCCUGUUGCCGGGGCCCGAGCCCUGCUGUCGGCGCAAACCUCAUGUUGUCGCCGACUGCCCCGCGCCGUUGCCGGUUACGCUUCCGGCACUACUAGCUCCAGCUCCCUAUCCCGUCGCCAGCAUGUAAGAGCCUUCCGCACCUCUGCGGCCUCUCUCAAAAACGACCCCGACUCGAACUCGAACCCUGCCGACGAUAAGAAGCCGAGCAGUAUCUCGACCGAAGACGACCCUAAAACACAACAUAACAAGCCCGCUUCUACCACGACCACCACCUCGUCCGCGCAAGAGGAAACUUCUUCUGCCGACAAGAAGAAUGCAGAAGACUCAAAAGCGGCCGCCGAUGCCUACAAGGAAGCGCUCACGCUCAAGGGAACGCGGGGGCGCCAACGGCCUGGUAGGAUGAGCGCCGUCAACAUCGAGAACAACGUCGCCCCGCAAGCCAGCAGCACCCCGAGCACGCCCUGGGUGAAGCUCGACCCAUGGUUCAUCGAUCACAACGUGUCGCUGUACGAGGCGCGACCCAUCGGCGCACCCCAGACCCUGCUCUUCCCGCUCGAAGACGUCGACCGCGAAGCCGUCCUGGAGCUGCUGGAGAAGAAGUUGGACAAGGUCCAGGUGAUAGAGGAGGACGUCAAGUCGUGGACAAGCAUGCUGGACGAGCUGGUCAGGCUGCCCGAGGAGGAGCGCGAAGCUGCUUUCGAGCAACUACUCGAGUCGUCCAGCCAGCUGCUCAAGAAGGCGCAUGCGGCGCACAACACCGCGUUCCUACAGGCGCUGGCUAUCGUCCACCAGACGGGCGCGAACCCGGAACAUAUAGAGUUGCUGCGCAAGCACCACUCUUCCAGGGAGGAUGAUAUUGUUCGGUUGUUGUGGUGGUCGGAUAAGCCGCUGUCCGGGGAGGCACAGCGAUGGCUGGCCAACCUCCGCUGCGAAGCCCAGCCCGGCUCUGGGGCGCUACAUGGCAGUCCUCUAGCCAGCAGGCCGGAUCCAGAGUAUCCUGUCUGCAUGGAGCUUUUGGCCGCUAUACGUGCCGAGCUGGUGGCGGAUGUGGCGCAUGGAAGUAAGCCGCCCGACUAUCACCGGCUCACGACGGUGCUCUCGGUGGUGAACCGCAGGGGUCGUAGUGUCGCCAACCAUGUCAUUGAUGACAUUGCCACCGAUCUCAAGGCGGAUGUAAUACACCUGGAUGCGUUUAGUCUGGCCAGGCUUCUUGGGACACAGCUACAGCAGAACAUCCAUAACGUCCGGGGCUCGGUUUCCAUGUUGGGAUACGCCGCUUCCGAGAUCAACGGAAGACUUGCCAACCGGGACGAUGCUGACUCGGAUGGUGACGUGGGUGUCCUGCAUGUGUCCAUGCCGUCCAAGUUGCGGUCUCUCCUUAGCGCAGGCAAGGAGUUCGGAAGCACGCGCUCUGUCGACCCACGCUGGGAAGGACUGAAGAUACAGAACACGCUCAAGGCGAUCGUUAGGGCGGCGGAUGCCAAGCGGUUUGCUCAGACGGGUAAUUAUGAGAAGCGUGACCUGAUCAUCCAUCUGCACGACUAUGUAGAAAUCAGUGAACUGCAAGAAAGUUUGAUCACCAGGUUACGAGACAUUGUCGAUGACUGGCAUUUCGAGGAGGCGGCGCAGGACGGAAAGAAGAUUGUGCUGGUAGGUUCUUCAUCUAGUGACAUGGACAAGUCGCAACACUGGCGCAAUCAUCUGGUCGAGCUCGGCCGUGAGGGCCAUCACAUCAUUCCCUUCCAUGCUUCCCCCUCUACCGAGUGGAUGGACAGGAAGGAUAACCUCUACGACAACAUCAACAACAUCAAGAGCAUGCUGGAAGCAAGGCUGCUCACCCCAGCUGCCAUUGACUUUGAUGCUCAGAUCAGGUUCCAAGAUGACCAGGUCCUUGUAGACGAAAGAUACACCGAUCUGUUCCAGACUUUGUCCAAACAUGUGUUUGACGUCCAAUGGGUGUACCGGUUGACCUCUCUCUUGCUGGGCAGCCGGUCACCGCCUCCUAAGAAGUACGGUCUCGGCCACCUCAAGUACGCUCUCGCCUUCAUGAGCGACCGCGACAACCACUGGAAGGGCAUCUACUCGGGCAUCCGUCCUCCUUACUUCUCCCCACUCUUCCGUCAGAAGGGUGGUGCGAGCAACAUGUUCGACCAGCACAUGCAAGAAGGCGGCGACUCACCCACCUCGGGCUUUUCUUCAUCGUGGUCCAACCAAAGCCAAAACACGGGCGACAACAAGGACUACGACCAGCACGAGAAGAAGCUUCUGGCCGGUCUCGUGAACGCCAAGGACAUCCACACCACCUUCGACGACAUCAUCGUCCCCGCCGAGACCAAAGAGUCCCUCAUCGGGCUCACCUCCCUCUCCCUCCAACGCCCCGACGCCUUCUCCUACGGCGUGCUCAAAACCGAGCGCAUCCCCGGCUGCCUGCUCUACGGGCCCCCCGGAACCGGCAAGACCCUACUCGCCAAAGCCGUCGCCAAAGAAUCCGGCGCCAACAUGCUCGAAGUCUCGGCGGCCUCCAUCAACGACAUGUGGCUCGGCCAAUCCGAGAAGAACGUGCGCGCGCUUUUUUCCCUAGCCCGCAAGCUCUCGCCCAUGGUGAUCUUCCUCGACGAGGCCGACGCGCUUCUGGGCGCCCGCCACAACAACCCCGGCCGCACCGCCCACCGCGAGACCAUCACGCAGUUCCUGCGCGAGUGGGACGGCCUGUCCGACAUGCGCGCCUUCAUCAUGGUCGCCACCAACCGGCCCUUUGAUCUCGACGAGGCCGUGCUCCGCCGUCUUCCGAGAAAAAUCCUCGUCGAUUUGCCGCUCGUAGCCGAGCGCGCCAAGAUUCUAAGGGUGAUGCUCCGCGAGGAACAGUUGGCCCCCGACGUAGACCUGGACGUUUUAGCAAAGGAAACCGAUCUCUACUCGGGCUCCGAUCUCAAGAACUUGUGUGUCUCGGCAGCGAUGGAGGCGGUAAGGGAGGAGUGCAGAGCCAAAGAAGCGCAUGAUGCCGCCGCCGCGCAUCUUUCGGAGGACAAGGGCGAGGGCCACCCCGCCCCCGCCCCCGCCCCCGCUAAAUACGAGUUCCCGGAGAAGAGAAUCCUAACAAGGAAACACUUUGAGAAGGGCAUGCGGGAGAUUAGCGCGAGUAUCAGCGAGGAUAUGGAGAGCUUGAAGGCGAUUCGCAAGUUUGAUGAGCAGUAUGAGUAUAGUAGUUUAAGUUGCUACGUGGAAUGGUAUGAAUUGCAUGUCAUGGCAUAUGGCCGAUGGUAUACCGGUACAUAAUGGGUUUUUUGGUUUUCGCAUUUCAUGUUCAUAGGGUUGGGUUACUGGGGACUGACUGUAUUUUAGAUUGGUAUGGUAUGGGA